AUGUACGGUGAUCGGACUCCAAUGCGGAUAUUGCAGCAAAUGUUGCAUGAAGGAAGGUAUGUUUACCACACCCGGGUGAAUCCCGAAACAAAUGCGGUCGAGGAGGUUUUUUUUGUUCAUCGGUACUCGUACGAUAUGUGGCGUGCUUUCCCACAUGUGUUGAUGAUUAAUACCACUUACAAAACGAAUGAGUAUAGACUUCCGUUUGUUCAAAUUGUGGGUGUGACAUCGACACACAAGUCGUUUUGUGUCGCUCAUGCUUUUAUCUCUAAAGAAAAACAGGAUAACUUCUUAUGGGUCCUACAGAACCUCAAAGGAUUGUUGGAAGAGGGUAUGGAACCGUGCGUGAUAGUAACAGAUUGCGAUAAAGCUUUGAUGAAUGCUUGCGAUAAAGUAUUCCCAAAAGCAUCCAAAUUGCUAUGUCGGUGGCACAUCUCACAAAAUAUUCUAAAACACACCAAGGCAAAAUUUGCAACGGCUGAAGAAUGGAAAAUAUUCAAGCUUUCUUGGUCUCGAUUGUGUAAUUCUCCCACUGAGAGGCUAUACAAUUAUAACUUUGAGCGGCUAUUUACGCGACUGACUGACGACCAUAGAUCAGGAGUUUUGAACUAUUUGUAUACUGUCUGGCUACUACCCUAUAAAGAAAAGUUUGUUUCAGCCUGGACUAACACAAGCCCUAACUUUGGUCAACAUACAACCAACAGAGUUGAAAGCCAACAUGCUAAGUUUAAGAGAUACCUUAAGGGGCCAAACAGCUCGCUCCAUAGACUUGUGUGGCUUGUUGACAAAGUUGUAGAGUCACAACGCAUACAAAUAAACCUCACUUUUCAGGAUAGCCGGUCCUUGAAAAUGGGGGACCACAUGAUAUCAUUCUUUGAUAACCUACGUGGUAAUGUUUCCCUGAAAGCACUAGAUUUGUUGCUUGUGGAGAAGAAAAAGAUACGUACGUUGCUCGCAGUAGGGGGGACUUGUGGUCAUGUGCUUUUUACGAGUUGUGGGUUGCCAUGUGCUUGUCAGAUGGAGUGGUGGGAAAAUACAAAUUGCAAAAUUCCUCUUGCCGCCGUAGACAAAUUCUGGACAAAACUAGAUUUCAAUGCUGAAGAACUUAAGGAAGGCGAUAAUAAUCUUCGGGAGGAAAUGGACAGAGUCAUGCAACAACUGAAGGCGCAACCACCGAUAGUGCUAAAAAGUAUGUUGUCGAAGAUAAAGAAGGUGGUGAAUCCAAGUAUGACUGACCAUCAAUCGCCUGAGGUACAACAAGAUACUCGGGGGCGCCCAACCUCUAAAGCACAACAAAAAAAGAAGGAGGAGGUUGCGAGACGUAAAGAUACCCGGUCCGAAGCAAAAGGCAAAAGCCAAAAGAAGGACGAGGACGCUCAAAAGCCAGCAGUGCAACGCAGUCGUUCAAAGAAAAAUAAGGCUAAAAAGACAGUUGAAAUUAUAGAUGAAGAUUUUCCACUGUUGGUGGGGGAUAGGUACAAAAACAUGAUUGAUCGUUUUAAGGACUGGCUUCCAUCUAUGUAUCGAAGAUACAUAACACAUAUGGAAGAUGCCCAGCCUGACGGUAACUGUGGGUUUCGAUCGGUGGCUAUGGGUUUGGGGUUGGACCAGAAUGCUUGGAUGUGGGUCCGCCAAGAGCUACUGGAUGAGAUGUUCAUUAACAAAGCCCGAUGGUUGCCUCUUCUUGACUCUUUUGAUCCGGGAUUUUACACUACAGUAUAUCGAUCAAUAAACUGGUUGCACGUGGAACCUGCACCAAUGGCAUGUUGGAUGUCCUUGCCAUACGCCGGAUUGUUGGUGGUUCAAAAAUUUGGUGUGCUUGUUCAACAUUUAAGCAAUGGUGUUUGUCAAACAUACUUUCCCAUGUUUGAUGGUCCGGCGGAGGGCCAUUCUGUUCUUUCGAUUGCCUAUGUGGAAGAUGGCCAUUUCAUCAUGGUUAAGUUAACGGAUGAUGGUCUGAUGCCUCCACCGAAUGGACUAUGGAAUAUGUAUCGAAGUACUGAAGCUAUGGAGUGGGAGACAAUGUACAUGUCUCGUCUUUCAGAGGGUAAAGAGUUACUUCGUAGUAAUAGAAGUGUACGAAGAGACUUUAUUAACUUGUUGUAG